AUGGGGUUGGACAAUGUACAGCACAUUGUGCUGGUCCUGUCCGGCAAAGGAGGCGUCGGAAAGUCCUCGGUCACGACACAGCUCGCCCUCUCGCUCGCGCUCGCCGGGCACUCGGUGGGGAUCCUCGACAUUGACCUGACGGGCCCCUCGAUCCCGCGGAUGCUCGCGAUCGAGUCCUCCAAAGUGACGCAGGUGCCCGGCGGCUGGGCGCCCGUGUGCGUGCAGGCGGCCGACGCCGCGGCCGGGACCGGCAGCCUCUGCGCCAUGAGCCUCGGGUUCCUGCUCCCGCAGCGCGGCGACGCCGUGGUGUGGCGCGGGCCCAAGAAGACGGCCAUGAUCCGGCAGUUCUUCAAGGACGUGCUGUGGCCGGCGACGGACUACCUGCUCAUCGACACGCCGCCGGGCACGUCGGACGAGCACAUUUCGCUCGCCGAGACGCUGCAGCGCGAUGCGCGCCCGGGCCAGGUGUCGGGCGCCGUCGUGGUGACGACGCCGCAGGCCGUCGCGACGGCCGACGUGCGCAAGGAGCUCAACUUUUGCGCCAAGACGGGCAUCCAGGUGCUCGGCGUCGUGGAGAACAUGAGCGGCUUUGUGUGCCCGCACUGCUCCGAGUGCACCGAUAUAUUUGGCGCCGGCGGCGGCAAGACCAUGGCCGACGAGUUUCGCGUCCCCUUCCUCGGCGCCGUGCCCAUGGAUGCCCAGUUCAUCACCUUGGUGGAGGAGGGCAGGCGGCCGCAGUAUCCGGCGGGCACGCAGGUGAAUGGGCGCGAUAUCUCGACAGAGCAGGGAAGCGGUGGCGAUGCGGCGUCGUUGAUGGAAAAAUACAAGGACUGCUCGCUAUAUCAUAUAUUCAAAGGCAUAGCGGCUGGGUUGGCAGAGGGGGCGACGAGCGAAUGA